UUCAGCAGCCUGGCGCCGCAGAGGACUCCAGCAGCCUGCAGAGCUUCUAUUCACAACGAGCCGAGGAGGAGGACAGCGGGAAGACAUUUCCUCACAAUAAUCUGUAGUUUCACUCUGGAUUUUGUUUAUUUUGUGCAAAAACAAAAAUAAUACGGAGGCUGGAAAGCGGCUGCGCCUGGAAUCGGUGGAGUUAUUAUAUAAGAGCAGAAGGAGGCCGCUGUGACUCAUUGAUAAAUAAAUCGGACUCUUCAGGCAGAUGCAUGAAUGAGCCUAAAUACCUUUCGCGUUUAAACUGAUUUUUCUUUUCCUAAGAAGAGAUCACAUCUCACGUUUCUGUUCCUUUGAGCAUCGGCUCGGAUCGAAACCAAAUUUUACAUUUCUUCCCUGAAAACUGCGUUUUUUAACUCCUGCUUAUAAAUGCUUGACAAGCUCAAGCCCGUUGUACAGAUCGACUCGGUUAUGGCGAUCAGCAAGACGGUGAGUUGGCUCCGGGAGCAGCUGGAGAGCCGCAGGGACGGCCUGCUGGUGAUGGACUGCCGGGCCCAGGAGCUCUACGAAUCCUCGCACGUCGAGACGGCGAUCAACGUGGCCAUACCGAGCCUGAUGUUGCGGCGGCUGAAGAAGGGCAACCUGCCGGUGCGCUCCCUCCUCACCGACGGAGGAGACCGAGAGAGGUUCGUCCGCCGCUGCAAGACGGACACCAUAGUGCUGUACGAUGAGUACAGCCGGGAGUGGAACGAGAAUGUGGACGGAGGGUCGGUGCUGGGUCUGCUGCUGAGGAAAAUGAAGGACGAGGGCUAUAAGGCCUUUUACCUGGAGGGUGGCUUCAGCAAAUUCCAGGCUGAGUAUCCAGCCUUAUGUGAAACCAACCUGGAUGGAUCCUUUACCAGCAGCAGCUCCUCUCCCACCUCCACCCAGGUGCUGGGCCUGGGCGGCCUGCGCAUCAGCUCCGACUCAUCCGACAUCGAAUCGGACAUCGACCCGAGCAGCGCCACGGACUCAGACGGCAGCCCGCUGUCCAACCCGCAGCCCUCCUUCCCCGUGGAGAUCCUCCCGCACCUUUACUUGGGCUGCGCCAAAGACUCCACCAACCUGGAUGUUCUGGAGGAAUAUGGCAUCAAGUACAUCCUCAACGUGACGCCUAACCUGCCCAACCUGUUCGAGAACGCGGGGGAGUUUAAGUACAAACAGAUCCCCAUCUCGGACCACUGGAGCCAGAACCUCUCCCAGUUCUUCCCCGAGGCCAUCAGCUUCAUCGAUGAAGCUCGGGGUCAGAAGUGCGGCGUCCUGGUCCACUGCUUGGCCGGCAUCAGCCGCUCAGUCACCGUGACGGUGGCCUACCUUAUGCAGAAGCUCAACCUGUCCAUGAACGAUGCCUACGACAUUGUGAAGAUGAAGAAAUCCAACAUCUCCCCCAACUUCAACUUCAUGGGCCAGCUCCUGGACUUUGAGCGCACGCUGGGCCUGAAGAGCCCUUGUGACAACCGUUUGGCGCCUCCAAGCCAGCAGCUGUACUUCACCACCCCCACAAACCACAACGUCUUCCAGCUGGACCCCCUACAGUCUACGUGAGGUCUGCCUACAAGCGCCCCUCUAGCUCAAUUGUUUCCUCUGCUUUGAAAAAAAAGUUUCAAAAAAUCUUUUCUCCAUCAUCUGCUUUGCGGAACUGGCUCUGGAUCCUGAUGCAGCUGUUUUUUUGGGUGGGAGGGUGACAGCUGCUGAGUAGAAGUGCUAGAGCAGCCUGGUCAGUACAGCAGCUGCUGCUGUCUGAGUGAGGAUGGACAGUUAAAGCAACAGAAUCAUUAAAAAACAAAAAAAAACUCCUACUUUCUACAAUCAUAUUCCGGUUGAACUCUUGAGGUAUUUCUUUUAUUUUUCUUGUUGUAUCCAAGAAAAGCGAACAAGAGCUGUAUGUUCUGCUUCAAAGAUCCUAGGCUGGUGUGCCAAAGAGACCUGAUUGCUCAGACUGGACUGAAAACCAUUUUGUAUAUUUUGUUUUGGGGUUUAUCGCCCAGGACUUGGGGGUGCGUUGCCCUCCUUCAUCUUCUGUGAAGAAUCGCCUGUGUGGGGUAAAGCACCCCAGCUUUAGAAGGCACACAGUAUACUGGACUGAUUUUUACACUUUUCAAACAUUUAUACUGUACAUUGUGUACAUAUUUUAAUGUAAGAGAGAGUACGUACCCUUUGGAAGCAGGUACUAAAGAAUCUGUAUUUCAUAUUCUAGUUUUAUGUAAAGCUUUCCAACUGCAUACCGUUCAUUAUUCUUAAGUUGAUUAUGCCAAAAAAUCAAAAAGGCUUUCCAAGAAUUGUUCAGAAAUGUGUACAUGUGUAAUAUAUCUAUAUGUAUAUAUCCAUAUUGCUUUAUGUAUCAAUUCAGCCAACCGGCCUUUUUUUGUUUGUUUUAUUUUUGGCCUUUUUGCACUCUCCCCUCUCACAAAACAGUUGUUUGCCUUACGAACAUUCACAAGUUUUGUUUCACUUUAUCCUUCUAGGCUUUAAAUGUUUUUCUGCUUUGUAUCCAAGUCCUGAUUUAUUGUUCAGAUUUUCCUUUUAAGUUUUGGAGCAUCUUUAAUGAUAGCUUGAAUCAAACGGCCAACCGUGAGCGGUCCGGGUCUAGGUAUGGAGCUAAAUUUGGGCCAUAAAAUUUGUUUUAAAAAACUGUUUUUUUUUCUUUGUAACCAUAAAAAACUUUUUGGAAACGAAC